UGUCGAUUUAGGAUGCUAACAAAGGUGAAAGGAAGAUGAAGAAAUGCUGUGAAUUUAAGUUUUUGAGUUAAUGCUUUCAACUCCACAAGAAGAGAAUGAAACAGGUUCUGCCUCAAUUAUUGAAACGAUUUUAGUGUGAGUUACAUUUCCACAUGUUUUUUUCUGUGACUCAUCUGAAUCUUGAGCAUUAGGCCAAUCAUAUGAGGAACCAAAAGAAGAAAUUUGCCGAUCAGACCUGAACUUAACAUUUUACUAACAACAAGGGUGUUCGCAAUGGCAACAUCCACAGAGCUGCCGGACUAUAUUAAUGAGCAACCGAAACAUGGACAGAAAUGCAGCAGCAAUACAAAUCAAACAGAAAGAAGAAUCCCUCAGCUGCUGCUACUCAGCUUUGGUGUGCUGUGCAUCGUACAAGCUGUUCUCAAUAUAUCCCUGCGCCUUUCCUUGAACUCCGGCCAGGUAUCAGAUCCCUUUGUCUGCAACACAACUACCAACCAAAACAAGAAGACGGAUCUGGUAGAUGACUGUAAGAGGAUGAGGCCCAGUGAUUUCAACAGCCUACAAGACCGCUUCAAUGCCCUGACUAGAGAGAACAACCUGCAAAUAAGUAAGCUGAAGGAGGAGCGGAACCAACUGAAAAGGUGGAUAACGGAGCAGAGUUGUUGUGUGCCCUUUCAACCAUGUCCGACAGACUGGAUUGAGAGGAACUCAAGGUGUUACUUUCAGUCCAGUUACAAAACCACAUGGGAGGAAAGCAGAAACUACUGUAAGAGUAAAGGAGCUGACCUGGUGGUGAUCAACAGUGAACGGGAACUGAUAAUCUUGAGCCAUCUGACCCGUUUUCUUCCCGACCACUGGAUUGGUCUGCAUCGUACGAAUGGGGACUUCAAAUGGGUGGAUGGAUCUGCACUGACCAAAGAAUCCUGGGAGCCAGAUGACCUGAGAAUUUCAUACAAAUGUGUAGCGAUGAAUAGCUACACAUCAGUGCAGAACAGCUGGAGAGAAGCCCCUUGUCGAGAGAAGCAUUACUGGUUUUGUGAGACAGAUCUUUGCCCCCUGUCCCCCUGAAGAACAUAAUAUUAUGUGUCUAUACAUGUGAAUAAAUUAAUAAGCUUUUACACAUAAGAACGUUUAUGUUCACAUUCAAAUAAAUAUGCAUAGAUUUAAGCAACAAUAGACAAUUUGUACUUGGCUUACACUGGCUUCUUUAUGUUUUAAUUGGCAUUGAUGUGGUUUUACUGUACCUGAUUUAAAAAAUACAUACAAAUGAUUAAACAAUCCCACAUGACUGGCUGUGUUUCAAAAUGUUUGCCUCUGAAAAUGGCUCUUUGGUGAAGAUAAACAAAUAAUAUGAUGGACUUUCAUUCCUCCCCUGACAAAUUCCAAUGGAUUGUUUGAAUAAAAUAAUCCAAAUCAUUAGACUUUUUAAAAUCAAUAUUAAAUGUUUCAUUUUGAGAUGGAAAGAGAAGACAUUUUAGAUUAUUACAGUGAGUAUGAUGAAAAAUAAAGCAUUAAAUACAUUAAAUAUAUUAGAUCUUACAAGUGUGUGUGUGUGUUUGUGUGUAUGUGUGUGUGUGUGUGUGUGUUUGUGUGUUUGUGUGUUUGUGUGCAUGUUUGUUGCUAGAUAUAUAAAUUGUGUGUGAGUGUAUUUCUAUCUUUGUGAGGGCCAUUUUGGAUUUAGUAUUACGGUGUGAAAGGCUUGAAAUGCUAAUAUCUUUAAAGAGAGGACAUUUUAUGUGAUUCUGGAUAAUGAUCUGGAUUUUGUGAAUCAAGAUAAGUAUUUGUAUGUGCUGGGUUGAUAUGUAUUAGUUAACUGUACUGUGCAUGAGAAUAAAUAUUUUGCCUGUGUUUACUGUGAA